AUGUCUGUUUGGAGAGGGCACUGACUGGAAGAAAGGGGCUGUGACGUCAGCGGCGGCUCGUGCCAUAGAAAGCCUUCAUCCGCGCUGCGGCCGCUCAGCUGCUGCGUCUGCGCCUUAGUUCCUGCAGGAUUUUUCAAGCGGCCCCUCUGACCCUGUAGGACCUCCCUGGGCUCUGAGGACCGCGCCAUGGGGGUCCUGGAUGCGCUGCGCCAGUUCAGACUGAUCCAGUGGCUCCGAGAGGAGCGCCAGUCUCGGAAGCUGAUUCUCUUCAUAGUUUUCGUGGCUCUGCUGCUGGACAACAUGCUGCUGACUGUGGUUGUUCCCAUCAUUCCCAGCUAUCUGUACAAUCUGGAUGAGUCAGCGGAUGUGGCGCUAAGGAACGACAGCCUGUCACAAAAGGGUCCAGAGGGAUCUUUCCACACGAUUGUGUCUUUGUAUGACAACUCCAUCAGACUGUCAAGCUCCAACUUCACAACCAGGCCUGCUGACCCAGUUCCUCCAACUCUAGUGGUUACAAAGCUGCAGCAGAACUCUUCCGACUGCCCCCAGUCCAGCAGCAGGCUCCUCAAUGAGAACGUCAAGGUCGGAAUGUUGUUUGCUUCCAAAGCCACUGUGCAACUUGUGACCAACCCCUUCAUCGGACCUCUCACAAACAGAAUUGGAUAUCAGCUUCCGAUCUUCGCUGGCUUCUGCAUCAUGUUUCUCUCCACCAUCAUGUUCGCUUUCUCAUCGAGCUACACUCUGCUGUUCCUGGCCAGAUCACUUCAAGGCGUGGGCUCCUCCUGUUCUUCAGUCGCAGGUAUGGGGAUGCUCGCCAGCGUGUACACGGAUGAUGAAGAGAGGGGUCAUGCCAUUGGAAUUGCUUUGGGAGGUCUAGCAUUAGGAGUGUUGGUUGGACCCCCGUUCGGCAGUGUGAUGUACGACUUUGUCGGGAAAACAGCUCCCUUCCUGAUUCUCGCUUUCCUGGCUGUGUUUGAUGGAGCUUUGCAGCUUGUUGUUCUGCAACCCACCAAAGUGGAACCAGAGAGUCAGAAAGGAACCCCUCUGUUGACGCUUAUGAAGGAUCCUUACAUUCUCAUCGCCGCUGGUGCCAUUUGUUUUGGAAACAUGGCCAUCGCCAUGAUGGAGCCGACGCUGCCAAUCUGGAUGAUGGAGACCAUGUGUACCAGGAAGUGGCAGCUCGGCAUCGCCUUCUUGCCGGCUUCCAUCUCCUACCUUAUUGGAACCAACAUCUUUGGCACGCUGGCACACAAGAUGGGGAGAUGGCUCUGCGCUCUCAUUGGGAUGGUCUUGGUUGGAUUCAGUGUCAUAUGUGUCCCGUUUGCCAAAGACAUCUAUGGCCUGAUUCUCCCAAACUUUGGUGUUGGAUUCGCCAUCGGUAUGGUGGACUCCUCCAUGAUGCCAAUCAUGGGUUACCUGGUGGACCUGCGGCACAUUUCUGUUUAUGGAAGCGUGUAUGCCAUCGCUGACGUGGCCUUCUGCAUGGGGUUUGCUUUGGGUCCCUCCAUCGGCGGAUCCAUAGCUGAGAACAUUGGCUUCCCCUGGCUGAUGACCAUCAUUGGAAUAGUGGACAUUUUCUUUGCUCCUCUCUGUAUCUUCCUCAGGAAUCCACCUGGACAAGAAGAGAAAAUCGCUAUCCUGAUGGACAGCAACUGCUCCAUGAAGACGAGGUCCUACUCUGCGCAGGGGACGUACUACCAGGGGGAGAGCAUGGAUCCAGAGUAUGAUGAUUACGAUUAACAGGACACCAGCCAUGCAGGUUGACCUUUCAGAGGAUCUAUUUUGUUGUACAAAAGAGAAAAAAAAAGAAAAGUAACAAAAACUUCAUCACCAAACUGUAAAGACAUGUCUCCAUGUGAAUGUUCUCUAUUUAAUCGUCUUUAUUCAAUGUAGCUGUACUGGAGAAACCAAAGUUGUUCUUCUGUGGUCACAAGUGCAUUGUGUGACAGGUAUUUGUAGCCAACAGCCUUAUUCUGUGGGGAGAUGUGUUCAAAAGCACUUUUGAAACUGCAGGAAGGUCCUGAGCGACAAGAACCUUUUAUAUUAGGUUUAGUUUUGUCUUCAUCCUUGUUUGACUUUUGUCUGCUGUGUGUCAACAAGGCUGUCUGGAGAAUUCAAAGCAGAACUCUGUGUUCAAGUUAGUGAUUGGGUAAAUGUGUGGUUUGUGAAGACAACACUGGGCAAAUGUUUGUUGUUGUUUACCUGUGUGGGGAUGUUAACGCUCUACUGCUUACAGUUCCCAUAAUCUGUCUGACCUUGUCAAGCCUUAACCCUUUGUAGAGUUUCUUUCACAUUCGUCUCUAUUUAUUGAUUGAUAAAACAGUUGUUUGUGUCAGUGAUCUACGUGCAUCUUUUAAGUAAAACCACAGCUUCCUUUUUUUACAGACAUAUUUUUGAUUUCAUUACCUAAUAAUUCCUCCAUGAACCUGAAACUACCAAAAAAACCUCAAUUCUGUGUGGUAAAUCUGGUCAUUUUUUACCCCAAAAAGUGACAUCAAACGGUUUUUAUAUUGUAUAACAGAAAAGUCAAACACAUUAAGAAUGCAUAGAACCACAAACAAAGCAAAGACGAGGUAAAAAAAUGUGAGAAAUGGCCUAAAAACAGGCAAAGCUCCACUGAACUACAUAUAAAGUUCCAAGGAUUUAUUCCAAGGGGUAUCACAAUUAUGUGUCAUAACUCUUGUUAUGUUUGUUUCAAACCAAAAAUGUCAAAGCUAGUCAACUUUUUGAAUCAACCAUGUUAAAUCCUGAAAGACUGGUAAAUAUGAAAUAGCAUAAUGUCAGAUGGAAGAGUUGAGUUAACUGUGUUCAAGUGCUGCAGGAAUAUUCCUGUUUUACAAGCUUUUCUGCAAAUUCUGAAUAAAACACAGUCAGUAGUUCAUUAUUUCCUAGAGUGGACCCAGCCAGUCCAGACCCAGUCCGCUUAAUUUGUUCGGAUCGAGUCCUGAACUUUGUGUUUGGGCUGUAUUCAGACUUCCUUCAAGGAGACUUUCCGGUUUCUGAAUAAAGCUUGUAAACAAAACCAAGUGACUAAAUCAGUCAAAACUUUAUUUUUUGGUCACAAGUUUUAAAUGUCUGUAUCAACGUCAAGCUCAACACUUUUUACUUGCUAUUUUGGUUCGGUGGAGGCGUCCUGCAGGGCGGUUACUAGCAAGAAGACCGCUAAGAAGGUCCACUGAUAAGUGUUUAUGACAUAUAGAUUGGCGGGAAAAUAGUGACAAGCCGUGUGUCUCACGUUAAAAUUUAUUUUGAUGUAUCUGAACUCAUCCGAUCACAUUUCAAUGAGUUGCUGUGUCUCAUUUUUGAGGUGUUAGAGUAUUAACACCGUAUGUGAGAAGCGAUUUUAGUGGUGUUAAAAUAAAUGUACUAACAAAUAAACAGUUGGACCCUUUUUUCGUCUUUGAUAACACAAAACACAUUGCUUUAUAUUUGUUGCUUCAUUCCUACUCUGUUUACGUCUACUAUGUUGACCGUUUUGGUUCAGUUGUUCCGCUCCAGGAACGGAUUGUAUUCAGACUGAGGAAUCUUAAAACGAACCGAAGCUCAGUCCAAUUGGAAACAAACCUAGACCACUUUCAAAAAUGGAUCCAAUAGCAGUUCCUGGUCUCGGACCAGAAACCCGUUUGGGUGUAUUCAGACUAAAAAUGUUUUUCGGAUUAUCAGGGGAAACGAACUCUGGUUCACUGUAACCCUUGUCCUAUCUUAGGCACUAUGGACUAUGUCUAUGAAAUGAGUAAAAAAAAGCUCAAAUGUGGAGACUAGAGGGAUAACUUAAGACUUCUUUUCUCUCUGUAAUGUUCUACUUUAUGACAACCAGAGUUCUUGUUGUGUUUUUUUGGUCAAAUAGAUGGUGGCUCUCACUGUGAUUCUCUGUAGACCCAAAGCUGCAGAAAUGUCUUUUUGCGUAACAUUUUUAAAAUAGGCUUUGGUUUCACUUGAUUCACCUCAGAACGUGAAAACAAUUUGGAUUUAAUUUGAAAAUGUUCAAAUAUUACAAGAAAAAAAAAAUGAAAGAAGUUAUGCGAGGAUUGGUAUGCUCAGUACGUACAGAUUUGCAUUGUUUUUUAACAAAAACAUUUAUCUGUGCUCAACUUUGUCUCCAUUGUUUAUUUUAGCAUUUGGUCUGCUUUAAAUCUGGUCAUAUAUUUUUGCAAUUGUUUUUGUUUUGUUUCUGAAAUGAAGUUGGAGAUGUUUUAGUAAAAAAAAAAAACAUUAUUUAUGUUCAUCUGAACUAACAUCUUUGGUUUUUGCUGCUAAACGGCCUCAAUGUCUCUUUGGCCCCGACCCCUGAUGAGCUUUGAUGGAUGAACAUCAUGUCUGCUUUAGAAAAAAAGAACUUUUCACAUGUCUGUAAAAAAAAAAAAUGUAUAUUGCACAAUUGUUCCAACAAGUCUGUUCUGUUGUUUCUUUUACUUUGUGCUGUAGUCCUCUGAGUUUUUAGUGACUGUGGUGCGCACAGCCGUUUUUACACUUCUUCCUGUUUUUCUGACUGUACAUCAUUUGAACGGCGUGGAACAGGAAUGAUUCUGGACACAGUAGACUGUUCUUACUCUGUGACUUGAUGUUGCCGUGCGUUUUUGGUUUUUGUUAGUUUGGUUUCAGUCUGUCAGCGGCUGAACCUGUACGUCACUGGCCGCUUGUUUGUCUUUUCUUUCAUACCUGUGGAGCACAAUACCCUCUAUUAAAGGCAGUUUACUCUG